AUGGUCCGCUUCAAGAAUCGAUGGCUGCUUGUUGAGUUUAUCCCAUGCGGGCCGUCCCAAACCUCGCAGCGGACGACGACUUCAAAACAGAUCUGGUCGGCAGUGCGUGACAUAGUUGUGCACAACUUCGGAGAGGUGGGUUGGGGGGCUGUGGGGGCAGGCUUGAAUGUGAAGUACUAUUCGCCGGUCACGAAUUUGUGCAUCAUGCGUGUGGCACGCGACCAUUAUCGGAUGGCUUGGGCUGCGUUGACCCUUCUCACUUCCCUGAAUGGAGAACUGUGUAUACCGAGGGUGGUACAUUGUUCCGGCACUAUCAAGCAAGUUCAGAUUGCAGCGAUCAAGUAUGAUAGAGAACUGAUUGCGAGGAUGAAGGAGAAAGGUAGUGCUCAGAUCCCACCAGAGUUUUCGGACGAGAAGCUGGACGCACUGUUGGAGACGACUGUGGACGACAUAGAAGCUAUUCAGGAUUGAUCUUCGCCUCGUCAGUGUACUGUAUUAAUAACUUGAUUUCAUUUCAGU